UAGUUAAAUAUCGCGAUAAAUGACUUUGUUCAAAGUGCAAUAUGUGACUUUCGUUUUUGGAGAAUUUUAUUAAUGGUUUUAUUAUAUUUUAUCAGCAUCUUUGUGUGAUCUGUUCAAAGUUGAUGUUAUUUAAAAGUGGUUUUGUGCAAUUGUAAUUAUCCACGCAGAACUUGGUUUAAAGGUGACCAAGUACUUGCAUUCAAAAGUCCUCCAGCAACUAAUUUAGGUGGUAUUCAUCAUACCUCACCCACAUCCGCGACUUCCCCAACUGGUCAUAGCUUUUUAGACCCUACCGAUUCAGUUUUACUGAGAUUGGUACAUCGUAUAACAUCCUCCUUCCAUCCUUAUGAUGCUUCCACAACUAACAGUAUUGCUACAUAUUCAGAACCAAUUGAGGAAACUGAACAAAACUCAUCUAGCGUCAGUUCUUCUCUGAAUGACGAUCAGCCAGAUACAAGCGAAGGAGCACCAAGUUUACCAUCCGAUCAGGAGAACGAAAUGGGGUCUAAUGUAAGCAGACAUAAUGGCAAAGGCCUCUCGGGCAGAAGGUCGCAAUCCAGCGGCAACUUGUGUGCCAAUGGUAGAACUGGAUCAAAAUAUUCGAAAGAUUCAACCUCCCCAAAUAGAGUAGCCACUAGAAGUAAAUUUUGUGGUUCUUUGCCGAAUCAGUUAGAUGCAGGUCAGUUGCAAAAUGAAGACAUCGAGGAGGAGUCCGAUCAUGAUAAUGCGGUGUACAAUCAUCCGGCAAUGGAUAGAGUUGAAUACAUGACUGUAGCACCAUUACCGAGGAAGCAACCAUGGGGGCAGCCAAUGUUGCAGAAAAAUAACACGUUCAAAUGCGAGCGACCAAAGCCAAGAGACCGUUUGGACUUGAAAUUGAAUCACGCGCCAUGGCGGGGCUCGGACGGCGGAUACGAUCAGGGUUACGGAUCGGAACGUUCCCCCGAGGAAGAGUAUCCGCCAUCGAUGCUCGGAGAGUCUUCCAGGAGAGUCGCACCUGUAGACGGCGAUCCGCAUGAUAUAUACCCAUUCAUCACACCUGAAUGUACCUUUACCGUUACCGUCACCAAAGGUCCUCGCGGACUGGGCCUGAGUGUUUCUGGCGGAACAGAUUCCCGUGGAGCCUGUCCAGGCCUGAUACGCGUCAAGAGAUUGUUUCCGCACCAGCCCGCUUGGGCCACCGGCAGGCUAGCACCAGGUGAUCUACUGCUGGCUGCCAAUGGCUGCACUCUCACCGGAUUAUCAAAUUAUGAAGCGCUUGAGGUCCUCCGUACAGCGCCCGCAACAGUGACGCUGACAGUGUGCCGUCCUCCAGGGCAGGACUUUGACAGGCAGUCCCCAACUCCUAGCGAACCGCCUCCGCCGCCGAGACGAGUUGGAAGUUGCGGAGCAGGCAGCGGAAUGGUUGGAAUGGGCAGCAGCGGAUUAAGCAGCGCCGAUAUACCGCCGCCUUUGUCUCCGAUGCUGCUUGAUGGGCCGUACGGGGAAUUCGAUAUAGUCAUGAAAAAGCGUAGCGGAUCAUUAGGUUUUACUCUACGUCGUGAAGACAACAGCGUACUCGGUCAUUACGUACGAGCCCUUGUUCGCGAACCGGCCCUGUCCGAUGGACGUUUACGACCCGGAGACCGCAUUCUGGCUGUCAAUGGAGUGUCAAUGUGCCAACUUAGCCAUGAAGAAGCUGUAGCCUUCUUACGAAGAUGUGGAGAUGAAGUAACGCUAAAAUUAUAUAGAGACUCCGCACAGACUCCCGUGGGAGCUGUCUCGCCUACUGAGUCCGAAAAGAACGAUUGCUCAGCGCGGUGGCGGACGGCGAACGGCGACAGCGGAGGACGAUCGGCGGUCAGGACUCAUUUAAGGCAAGAGGCUUUGGAUAUGCUGUACGAUUUGGCAGCAAGGAAGCUCUCUCCAGGCGACUCUUUGGGGUCGUCCAUGAAAUCUCAGCGUUCUCCAACAUCAUCAGCCAGACGUUUUAGAAGAUUGACUAGGACGGUCAGUCCAGAUGAUAGCGAUGUCGGUGCUCAUCACAAAUAUUAUCCAUCCACCGCAAGUCCGAGCGACACAGACGGAUCAUUAAAUAGCAGUCCGAAUGGAUCAGCCAUUAUGGUUUCGAGAAACACCACAUUUACCAUGAAUUCCAGUCCAGGACAACAGCUCCAUCAGCCGAGACAGAACGGAAAACGGGAAAACUUUGAAAAACCUACCAGACCCAAUUUUCUGGACUUGUGUCAGGGCAAACCUAGUGCAGGUACCCCGGUUGUCAGUAGAAAACCAUGUUUUCAAUUCACAGCGGCGAAUAGUUAUGAAUUGAAUAACCUGGAUAAUGACGUGCUUGAUGCCCCUACUAUAUAUUCCAUUGGCGGCGUGAAUGGCGAAGGCGCACAAUUUCCUACCACGAGUUCCGAUGAGUACGCCACUGACCCUGAUAGUGUUAUAUUGGCUGACUCACAUGGACCCGUAUCAAUGCCUCAAAUGUCUACGAAAAACCAGUCAGCACCAUUCAACCAUGGUCAACCUGCUUAUCAAUCCGCCCAUCCGACGUGCAGCAAAGAUGAGAGUAAUACUAGUGAAAAUCCAACUGAUCAGAAGCAAGAUGGUACUAAGAGUUUGGUGAAAUGGAAGGGUGUUAUGUUUCCUUCUGAAGACGAAGCAUCAGCGAAGGCUAAUUCAUCUGUAGUUCAAGUCGAAGAAACUUUAGAUGGACAGAUUCUUAUAGUUGAACUAAACAGAGGAUGGAAUAGUCGUCUUGGUUUUAGUCUUCAACCUGAUCCAAUUUCUGGAAAAACCAUGAUUAGUGCAAUUUAUGCUGACAGCGUGGCUGCAAGAGACGGUAGAUUAAGAGAAGGUGACCGGCUGCUCAUGGUAAAUGAUGAAUCCAUAGAACACAUGACUACCACUGAAGUAAUAGAUUUGCUGAGAAUAAUUCGCGGAUCAAUCUGCAUUAAAAUAUUGAGAAAAAAUGCAGAAAAUUAAAAUAACUGGACG